CUCCGUCCAUGCCCUUGCCAGACAGCCAAUCGAAUCUCGCGUGGCAUCGACGCCUUCCUCAAUCGCGACCUCCGGUCGCUUUCCCUUCCCUUUUCGUCGGAUUCAUAGCCACCGGCCGCGGAGAAACGACGAGAGAUUUCGGUUUGUUCCUUCUGUCACGAGAGAUUCAACAGCUGAUCCGUCGGUGGUGGACCUAGAGUAGUUGGAUCGAGAAAAAAAGGGGGGAAGAGAUGGCUUUCAAUUUCACCGGCACGCAGCAGAAAUGCAAGGCCUGUGACAAGACUGUCUACCUCGUGGAUCAGCUCACCGCCGACGGAAUCGUCUUCCAUAAGUCCUGCUUCAAGUGCAAUCAUUGCAAAGGAACCCUCACGCUAAGUACAUAUUCAUCCAUGGAAGGUGUUUUGUAUUGCAAGCCUCACUUUGAACAACUCUUCAAGGAAUCUGGCAACUUCCACAAGAAUUUUCAGUCAUCUGCAAAAUCUGCUGAUAAAGCUCCAGAACUGACUAGAUCUCCUAGCAAAGCUGCCGGUAUGUUUUCAGGAACACAGGAGAAAUGUGCUACCUGUGGUAAAACAGCAUAUCCUCUCGAAAAGGUUAGUGUUGAAGGCCAAGCCUACCACAAGUCCUGCUUCAAGUGCUCUCAUGGAGGCUGCUCAAUCACCCCUUCCAAUUAUGCUGCCCUUGAAGGGAUUCUCUACUGCAAACACCAUUUCUCCCAACUUUUCAAGGAAACAGGAAGCUAUAACCACCUCACUAAGUCUGCUUCGAUCAAGCACGCCGCCGCCGCCGUGACUGCUCCUAAUCUGUAGCCAUAUUUGCUUCUUUUAGUUAUGUGGAGCAAAACUAACUUAGGAGCAACUGCUCCUGUGCUUAAUUUUCCCCUUAGAUUUUUCUCAAGAUUCAUGUUCUCUUAAAAUGUUUGUGUUCAGUGUGGAAAAUGGGAAAUGAUUUCAGAUGUGAAUUAUAUGUUAGUUUGUUGUGUUUAAAGUUAAUCUACACUUAUGAUA